AUCAACUCCGCCAAAACCCUCACCCUUAAUCUCUUCACUCCAAGAGUUUCUGUUCUUUGUUUCUCAGAAUUCUCCCCUUCCCCAACACACUUAACCUCCGAUUUUCAUCAAAUCCCCACCAUCUUUACAGUGACUGUGUAAAAUUAGGGUUCAAGAAAGGUUCUUAUUGUAACCAGUGUAAGGUUCGUGCUUCUCUCUCGUUAAAUUUCUUUGAUUAAUUGCAAGAAAUGGAUUCAUGUUUCAAUAUUUUUCUAGGGUUUCUUCCUAAUUGUGUAGCGGCGUGUUUUGUUUUUGUAUGCGAAUUGAGGUUUUUUAUGCAAACAAGGUUUGCUUUGAGGUUCUGCGCACAUUUUCUUCAAGAAAGACGUCUCCUUCUUCUCUUGUUUUUUACCUAAUUUGUGAAACUAUAUAAAAAUAUGGAGACUUGGACAAUUUUAGUGAUGGGUGACAAACGAACUGGGAAGAGUACUAUGCUCGAAGCCUUAAAUGGUCAACUGGAUGCUAAUAAUUCCGUGCACUAUCGAUUCCACAACCAGUGAAAAUCGAAAUCUUAGAUUCACAUGCUACGAAACAGACAACAAUGUUAAAGACACUUGUGAAUAUGAUGGGUUUAUUGUUGUUUUCGAUCGAACUAAACUGUCAUCCUACAAGUAUGCCAAAAAUAUUUGCCACCAGCUUGCAGCUAGGCUGGUAGGAUAUAAACCAGUUGUUUUGGUGGCCAAUAAAAUCAAUCGCUUUCAAGAGAGCAGGAAGGCAUAUGAAAUCGCUGCUGAUCAAGAAUUCGGCCACCCAUCGUGUUUUAUAUCAGCAAUGAAUAAUACUAAUGUUGAGAAGCCGUUUCUUUCUCUUGCAAGAUUGCUAACUAAUGUACCUAGGUUAAUUUUUCUACAUGACAUGCCCAUUGCUGGUAAGGUUCCUGGUGGAAACAUUGAAGACCCACCCAUUCCUGUUGAUAUUCCUAUCGCCCCAUCAUUGUCGACUGUGCUCAUGUUAGGUUCAUCUGCAUAUGAUCAAGUCCCUGCACAACCAUCUCAACAGAUUCAGACCACCUUGAAAGUUCUUGGUGAUACUCCUGAUGCCCCAUUACCAUCGACUGUCCGGCACUUGGAUCGAACCCCUGAAGUAUCAUCCCGACAGUCUCGAAAAAGCACCUUGAGGAUCAAUGGCGUAGAUUGUGCAUCUGUAUCAGAAAUUUUAGAAGAUCAGCGCUCAAAGUGCUGUUACUGUUAGGAGAUUUUACUUUACUGUGCAGGAGUAUGAUGAUAGCUGUAGGGAAAAAUGAAUGUUAGGAUGGUAUUCUAACUUUUGGGACCUCUUGAACUUUUGAAUUUUCAGAAAAUGUGUUGAAUGUUUCUCAUCCUGAAAUCAAAUUCACGAGGGAGAAAUUAAUGUUCCUCACCAGGGUUUUUGUAAAAAUACUUUUGAAUGUAAAUGUGUUCUGGCAUGCCUUUCUAAGUUUUUUUUUUUUUUGGUAUGCAUGUAUAAAUGUGAGUUGGGAUUUUUAAGCUCACAAAAUUUUGUAACGGAAAACUACUUGGUUUGUC